GAGUCGUCGAAGAAGAAGACAAAACGCUUUGAAAGAUGGCGGCGCCCGCACAGAGAAAUAACAAGCCUGGGAAAAGUGCAGGAAAAGAGGCUCAGCCUCUGAUUAUAGCCAAAAACCCGGCGGAGGAGCAGCGUCUGAAGCUGGAGCGACUGAUGCGAAACCCCGACAAGCCUGCCCCGAUCCCGGACCGGCCGAAGGAGUGGAACCCGCGGGCCCCGCCGGAGUUCGUCCGGGACGUGAUGGGUUCUAGCGCGGGCGCAGGCAGCGGGGAGUUCCACGUCUACCGACACCUUCGCCGCAGGGAGUACCAGAGGCAGGACUUCCUGGACAAGAUGGCCGAGAAGCAAGACAAGGACCUGGACUACCUGGAGAAGGUGAAGCAGAACCAACAGACGGCGGAGGAACGAACCGCGAAGAGACGGAAGAAGCGGGAGAAGCUGAAGCAGAAGAAGCUCCUGGCGAAGAAAACUAAGAUGGAGGACAAGAAGGAGGAAGAGGGGAGGUCGGAGAGCAGCGAGGAGGAGGAAGAGGAGCAGGAGCAGCAGGAGGAGGAGGAGAGGGAGGAUGACGCUGAGGCUCCCAGCUUCAUCAUGGGGAGGAAAUGAACGUUUUCUGUGUAGAUGUUCACAAGGAGAACCAGAACCUGAAGGU